AACGUGGAACCCGGUGAAAGUGAACCGAAUAAUGGAAAUUCAUUGAAGUCAAAUGAAGGUGAAAACCCGAUAACCUCACUUAACAUAUCUCUGUAGUGAUCUAAUUGCUAAACGCCUUAUCACUGUGGCCUGACCGAGCAAAAUUUUUUUUGAUAAUUUAACAUUUACAAUGUCAGAACCUCAGUGCAAAAAAACCAAGAUGUCGAGCAACUCACUGGAUCAACUAAAGGCACUCACCACUGUUGUGGCCGAUACUGGGGACUUUGAGGCAAUGAAAGCCUACAAGCCCACAGAUGCCACAACAAACCCAUCGUUAAUGCUACAAGCCGCAAAUAUUCCCCAAUACAAACCCUUGAUUGAAAAAGCAGUGAAAUAUGGAAACAAAGUAGGGAAAAAUCCUGAGGAUAAAGUUCAAAAUGCCAUGGAUAAUCUGUCCGUGUUGUUUGGGAUUGAAAUUUUAAAGAUCGUGCCUGGGAGGGUAUCUACUGAAGUUGAUGCAAGAUUAUCCUUUGACACUGAAGCCAGCGUAAGCAAAGCAAGGAAAAUUAUCCAAUUAUAUGCGGACAAUGGAAUCGACAAGGAGAGAAUUUUAAUUAAAUUGGCCUCAACAUGGGAAGGUAUUCAAGCGGCAAAGAUUUUAGAAUCCAAAUAUGGAAUUCACUGCAACUUAACUUUGCUGUUCAACUUUGCUCAAGCAGUAGCGUGUGCUGAAGCCGGCGUGACUCUUAUUUCGCCUUUUGUGGGCAGGAUUCUUGAUUGGUAUGUAGCAAAUACGGACAACAAAAGCUACACCGGUGACGAAGAUCCAGGCGUCGUUUCAGUAACCAAAAUCUACAACUACUACAAGAAAUUCGGUUAUAAAACUGUUGUUAUGGGAGCUUCUUUCAGAAACACCGAUGAAGUCAAAGCUCUUGCCGGUUGCGACCUUUUGACUAUCAGUCCUAAGCUUUUGGGCGAACUUGAGGCCAGCCACGAUGCUGUGCCAAGAAAACUGAGUCCUGAUAAUGCUAAAAAAGUUCCACUGGAAAAAUUGGAGCUUACAGAAGCUAAAUUCAGAUGGUUGCUCAAUGAAGAUCAAAUGGCCACUGAUAAACUGUCAGAUGGGAUUAGGAAAUUUGCAGCUGAUUCCAUUAAACUUGAAAAUAUUAUUAAAAAUUUGCUUAAAGUUUAAAACGUUUAUUGUUUUUGUUUAUUUUUGCAUUUAUUUUUUGGAAAUCUUAUGUGAGUUUUUGGAUGAUAAAUUUUUAAAUAAAUUAAUGGUGAUUUAGUAAAAGGA